AGGCCCAAAUACACGAUACAUAUACAUACGCCUGUAUGUAUGUAUGGACGGAGGACCUAGAGCAAUCAAAGAAGCAGCAACACACACGCCACGCCUAUUUUGCUUUGCACCUCUCAAUUCAAUUCAAUUCAAUUCCACCAGAUGUCAACCGCUUGGACAAAUAUGAGCUUUGAUGGAAUCAUACAUAGGGAUGUAAUGGGAUUAGGGGAAAUCAGUUUGGAGUUGUGGUUAUAUAAAUGUAGUUGGACACAAAUUUAUUUCCAAAAUGUAUAGCUGUGGAGCAUACUGGCGCUUAUGAGCUUUUUAGAGGAUUUGGGGAAUUUUAUUUCGAAUAUUAUAGCUGUGGAGCUUAAUGGACCGCAUGAGCAUUGGAGCUUAUGAAGCACUGCUCAUCAUGAGGAGUGCUCUUUUGGUUUGCUUCACGGUUUUUUUUGGGCUAGCUGUCUCUUUGGAACUGAAAAUGAGUAGCCGCUUCUCACGAAUGAUUUAUGUCGGGAACCUUCCGUUGGAUAUAAAAGAAUGGGAAGUCGAGGAUCUUUUUUACAAGUAUGGACGCAUAUUGGACAUAGAAUUGAAAAUUCCACCUCGUCCUCCGUGCUAUUGUUUUGUGGAGUUUGCAAAUGCGCGAGACGCUGAGGAUGCAAUUAGGGGCCGGGAUGGCUAUAAUUUUGACGGUUGCCGCCUGAGGGUUGAGCUUGCUCAUGGUGGUCGUGGACAAUCAUCCUCCGGUGACGGUCGUGGUAGCUAUGGAGGUGGCGGUGGUGGACGUGGCCGAGGUGGUGGUCGUUUUGGCAUUUCACAACGUUCUGAGUAUCGAGUUAUUGUUCGAGGACUACCAUCAUCUGCUUCAUGGCAGGAUCUUAAGGACCACAUGCGUAAGGCUGGAGAUGUAUGUUUUGCCGAAGUUUCUCGUGAUAGCAAAGGGACAUUUGGUCUUGUUGACUAUACCAACUAUGAUGACAUGAAAUAUGCUAUAAGGAAGCUUGAUGACACCGAGUUCAGAAAUCCAUGGACAAAAACUUAUAUUGAGGUAAGGAAGUAUGAGAGGAGUCCUUCCAGGAGUCGAAGUAGGAGUCUCAGCAGAAGCCGAAGCCGGAGCCGGAGCCGAAGCCGGAGUAGAAGCAGAAGCUUGCGACGCAGCAGGAGCAAAUCCUUGGAGCGCUCUGUGUCGAAAUCGCCAGCUAAAUCUAAGUCAGCAUCUCCUGUGAAGCCGGAAAGAGCCAGGUCAAAGUCGAGGUCUCGGUCAAGGUCAAGGUCAGAAUCACCUCGCAAGGCAGCAAGUCCUUGAGCCAAUCAUAACUCCAUCUGCUUUUGCAGCCUGUUUGUUCUGAAUCAGUAUGUUUUAGGAAGUUAUUUGCUGAAUGAUACAUUUAGAUGUCUGAAUCUUUUGUAAUGUGUCGGAAUGCUGCUGUUGUUUGUUUGUGCUACUUAUCAGCUGUCCUAGUUAUGUUUCAACCAGACUCUUAUUAUGCUAUAUCUACCAGACAUUUGUUUGUUUCCCUCGAGGAAAAACAGAAAUUGGGUAGAUGGACUUUAGCAUCUCA